UGGUUCUCGGCUCAUAGUGAUACAUAGAAAAGAUUCGACUCGAAAGAACGAUUCAUUCACGAAUUGGAAUCGGGCACGUCUAGUGACGUCAUAUUCAAACGCCUCACAUCUGUGUCUGUUUUGCUAGCAUGUAACAGUAACAGCUAACAUUAGACGUGUUUUCACAAUAGUUUUGAGUUUCACUCAGCUGAGAUGGUGCUAGAAAGUGUCGCGUAAUGAUAAGAGGACGCUACAUGCGUCGACACCAUGGUCGACACACGAAUGGUAACAAUGUCAGACCAGGAGUUUCUCCAAAUCAUCCCAUGUUUAGCCGUUACCUGAACACAGUGGGCUUUCCGCCAGCUCAGACCGUUUACUACCACUGGAGACACUGUUAUCAGCCUGGUCAUGUAUGGUGGACACAACCAUCACACCUGCAGCAUCGCUGGUCCUCCUUCAGCACUUUCAGACAUCCCUCCAGUAGGCCCCCGCGACCUCUGGAUCCAUACAACUGGAGGCAAACUGAAAUACUGCCACACACUCAACCCGGACGAGACCUUAAACUUUCUGCAGGUCUGAUGGACCGCUCUAAUAGCGAGCCACCAAAGAAAAGAAAGAGGAGCUCAGACAGGAUGCAGGCAGGGGAAAAAUCUCAGUGCUCACCCGAAUGUUCACCUCCAAAAGGCAGCAGGAAUCCAAAAGGAAGUCCUGAAUGGCUACACAAUGUAACCUGCACACCAGUUCCUCCAGGAAAAUUUCCAUCAAGCCCAAACCAGUCUCCAUCCACACCAGAGUUGAAGAGACAUUGGGAGGAUCUUUCUCACCUCUGUAAUGCUGCACCAUCUGUGAAUGGAGGGAGACAAAAAUGGCCAUUUGACUUUUCUGUGAUGUCCUACAAUAUCCUCUCACAAGAUCUGCUCUGUGAUAACACGUACCUCUACAGACAUUGUCAUCCUCCAAUUCUGGAUUGGCACCAUAGGUAUCCAAACAUCAUCAAAGAGCUGGAACAGCACAGUGCUGAUAUAAUGUGCCUGCAGGAGGUGCAAGAGGACCACUAUAAGCAACAAAUCAAACCCUCACUAGAAUCUUUAGGGUACCAUUGUGAAUACAAACGGAGAACGGGACUGAAGCCUGAUGGAUGUGCUGUGGUCUUCAAACGUGAGCGCUUCUCUUUAGUCUCCUGUCACCCUAUAGAGUAUUUCCAGUGUGGCAUCCCUCUAUUGGACCGUGAUAAUGUGGGCCUGAUUGUGCUGCUGCGACCCAUUGACCCUCAUUGCUCCCUCACCAACAUCUGUGUGGCCAACACACAUUUACUGUACAACCCUAGACGUGGGGACAUUAAACUGGCCCAGCUGGCUAUGCUGCUGGCAGAGAUAAGCCGGGUGGCCCAGUUACCUGACAGCAACGUUUGUCCUGUUCUGCUCUGUGGAGAUUUUAACUCUGUUCCUUGGUCACCCCUGUAUCGCUUUAUUAGGGACAGCAGACUGGAAUAUGAUGGCUUACCUAUUGGGAAGGUGUCAGGACAGGAGGAGAACCCAAGGGGGCAGCGCAUUCUAAGUGUGCCAAUUUGGCCCAGAUGUCUGGGCAUCUCUCAGCAGUGCCUGUAUGAAAGCCAAACAACAGAUUCUGAUUUGAGGGAUUUGAAGCGGGCAGAACUGGAUGGUUUUACCAAGUCCAGCAUUGAGCACUGUUUGAAGCUGACCUCUGCAUACUCCCAUUACCUGAAAGAGAGCGGUCAACCUGAGAUCACCACAUGCCACUCACGGACAGCCAUCACCGUCGAUUACAUCUUCUACUCCGCAGCUCUGGGGGAUGUGAUGGCUCAAGCAGAAUGCAGUGUGCCACCAGAGAAGGGUCUGCAGCUCCUGGGCAGGUUAUCCCUGGUGGGGGAAGAUGAACUGCAGAAGGUUAACGGUCUUCCCAACCAGCACAACUCCUCUGACCACCUGCCGCUUUUGACACGUUUCCGUCUGCACCCUCAAGCUGAACAAAAGCAUUUGCAAGUAUCAUAAAACCUUUAAUAUGUUUGUAGCCAGAGAUGGAACAUUUUUCUAACAAACUCACACCAGCAAAAAAUGACAUGACUCACAGAUUCUCUUGAGACAGUCUAUAACAAACUUGAAGCAGAAGUGGAAUAACUUGUCUAAGUUAUUGAUAACUGAUUUACCCAGUGCAUUAUGGGAUGGUGACAUGCACACUGUAAUCAAUAAAUUAGGGAUGUUUUAUUAUGAAAAAUGGCAGCUUUGACAAUAAGCAUGUCAUUUGAAGAUGUAAAAAUUUUUUUUCCCCGGCUUUACAAGUUAACUAUUUCGGACUUGCAUCAUUUUAUAGAUUAUAAGAAGGUGAAAAAUAAUAAAUGAUUUUAUCUU